GUGGGGGGCGCUACGGGCUGCCAGCCCACAGCCUCCGCUGCCGCCACGCGGGGCACCGCCAGCGAGGAGGAGGAGCAGGAGGUGAAGUCGGCUGCCUCUCUCCCUCUCACGCGACUCUCUCCGCCUGCCGUCACCGCCACCCGCCUUGAUCACUCCGCCGCUGGAUGAAGACGCCGCUGUUUGUUUAGUUUGUCACCCCCCCCCCCACACCUCCGACGUGCACGCUGGGCGACGUGCGGUGCGAAAGAAGUUCGGCAAACAGAUGGCGCCGGGGCCCAGAGUGGAUCGGGAGCGGGAGUCUGGAGGCACACGGAGUGGGGGCAGGAGGAAGGGAAAGAGGACGGCGCCGCAGGGUGGAGCCGGGGGGGAGGCCGCCUGUGUGCCGCUCGGAGGGCGCAAGGCCGCCGCGUCCUGGGCGUGCCGCGGCGUCGUGCAGCUGGCGAGCCAAGGGCCGCUCGGCCUGUGGGGCCCGGGCCGACUGCAGCAGAUCCUGAAGCGACAGUCCGCGUGCUCGGUGGCGCGCUAUGGCGUGAUGCGGAAGGUCAGCCCGUUUGACCGGCGCGUCACCUGCCUGGCGUGGCACCCGUCGCGGCCCGGCACGCUCGCUGUGGCCUCCAAGGGCGGCGAUGUCCUUCUGUGGGACCACCGUGCUCUGGAGCCCCUCUCGCUCCUCCUCGGGAACGGACCAGGAGACGCGGUGGGCGGUAUGCUGUUCGACCCGCGCGAUGCGGCCCGCGUGUUCGUGGUGUCUGGGGACGGCUCGCUGCUGCUGCGCGACGUGGAGGGGCGCGCAGGGCCACGGGGCCACGUCGUCGUCAACGCGCCGCAGUGCGUGCACCGGCACCACGACUACAGCUGCUGGUACUGCAGCGUGGAUGUGUCCGUGCCACGUCAGGCCCUGGCUAUCGGAGACAACCUCGGUCACCUGGAGAUGUGUGGCCUCGAAGGCACUCCGAUUUGGAGGCUGAGACUCCACAAGAAGAAGGUGACCCACGUGGAGUUCCACCCGCACUGCGAGUGGCUGCUGGCCAGCGCCUCCGUGGACCAGAGCGUGAAGCUGUGGGACCUCCGUGCCAUCACGGACGACAAGAGCUGCCUGUACACGCUGCCUCACGACAAGCCCGUCAACUCCGCGUACUUCAGCCCUGUGGACGGCGCCAGGCUGCUCACCACCGACCAGUACGACCAGAUCCGCGUGUACGGCUGCUCUGACUGGAGCACGCCACUGCGCACCAUCGUUCACCCUCACCGCCAGUUCCAGCACCUGACGCCGAUCAAGGCGACGUGGCACCCGAGGUACGACCUGGCCGUGAUUGGCCGAUACCCGGAUCUGGUUCGGCCGGGGACGUCCGUCGAGCAGAGCCGCUCCAUCGACCUGUUCGACACC